AAUUCCUUUUUUUUUGUUUUUGUUUUUUGUUUUUUGUUUUGUUUUUGGUAGAUCAAUCGAAUUCAAUUUUCCUCUUAUAACGUGGCUCAAAUAAUUCCGUGAAAAAUUCAAAUCUAAAAUUUAAAAAAAAAACUUGCUUUGAACCUCGUUCCUGAGCUUCACGAGAAAUUCGGACUCCUUCUUCCUCGGAAAAUCCAAACAUUUUCUUGGAAAAUUUUUCCUCCCAUUUUCUUCGUUCCGUGUAUUUUCUUCUUUCGAUUUCCUCAGAGAAACCGAGCCUAAGAAGCCCCUGAAGUACCAGCUGAACUACCGUUUUUGGUUCUCUUCGAUCGUGAUUCAGAGAGUUGGUUUUUCUUGCAAUGAGGAUAAAUUGUUCGAUUCUGGAGCAUUAAGGAGCUACAAGUUUUGAUGAGUACAACAAGCAGCUAUUGCUUUCUGGGACCUGAACAGCAUACUUGUGAUCGUGGAGUUGAAAGACAUUGACCAAUAUGGGGAAUCCAUUAAGAGGUGGAAGUAUACGAAAACCUAAUGAGACAAUGAGGCUACUGGUAACAACUUUCAUUGGAGUUGUAUUUGGCUUCUUUUUAGGGGUGUCAUUUCCAACACUCUCAUUAACUAAGAUGAGCCUCCCAUCCAGCCUCUUUCCUUCUAUUGAUCUCACAUAUAUUGAGGACAAGUACUCGGGGCUUUCAACCCAUGCUCUUCUCGAUGCUUUCUCCUCUUUGAGGGGUAUUAAACGUACUCCCACUCAAGUAUACUCAUACAAUGAGACAGAGAUUUGGGUUCCAACAAACCCUCGAGGAGCUGAAAGACUACCCCCUGGCAUAAUUGCAUCAGAAUCAGAUUUUUAUCUUCGCCGAUUGUGGGGUCUUCCCAGUGAAGACUUAACCAGCAAACCAAGAUACCUUGUAACUUUCACUGUUGGCUAUGAUCAGAAGAAAAAUAUUGACGCUGCAGUUAAAAAGUUUUCAGAGAAUUUCACCAUCGUCUUGUUUCACUAUGAUGGUCAAACAAGCGAAUGGGAAGACUUUGAGUGGUCAAAGCGGGCUAUCCAUGUGAGCGUUCAGAAGCAAACUAAAUGGUGGUAUGCCAAACGAUUUUUGCAUCCUGACAUCGUGGCACAUUAUGAAUACAUCUUUAUGUGGGAUGAGGAUCUUGGUGUGGAGCACUUCAAUGCAGAGGAAUACAUAAAACUGGUAAGGAAACAUGGUUUGGAGAUUUCACAGCCUGGUCUGGAACCAAAUAAAGGGUUAACAUGGCAGAUGACAAAGCGAAGAGGUGAUAGCGAAGUCCACAAGGACACGGAGGAGAAACCUGGUUGGUGUACUGAUCCACAUUUGCCACCGUGUGCAGCAUUUGUCGAGAUUAUGGCAACUGUGUUUUCUCGUGACGCAUGGCGUUGCGUUUGGCAUAUGAUUCAGAAUGACCUGGUUCAUGGAUGGGGUUUGGACUUUGCACUUCGAAAAUGUGUCGAGCCUGCUCACGAGAAGAUAGGAGUUGUAGACGCACAGUGGAUUGUUCAUCAAGGUGUUCCUUCACUUGGGAACCAAGGGAAAGCUGAAUCUGGGAAAGCACCAUGGGAAGGGGUGAGGGAGAGGUGUAGAAGAGAAUGGACAAUGUUUCAAGAUAGGAUGACUAGCGCAGAGAAAGCUUAUUUUGAGGCCAUGGGAAUUGACCCCCCAAAUUCAACUGCUCGUUAAGGUUAAGGGGUUGAAUCAAAAUCACAUUCAUGCAAAAUCGGAAUACUUAGAACUACCUUUUACCAUCCCAUUGUACUCAAAACAAAUCAGUUGUCUAUAUGUGGAGUGUUUUAGCAGUAACUGAGUUUUCUUUCUGGAUUUUUUUUUUCCUCUCCAGGAAAUCUUGUAUGCCCUUUUUUUUUGUUGUAUAUGUAUUAAACGGUAAAGGUUUGGACCUUUUUACUGGUCUAAAUUUUGUUUUCUUUUAAUUCAUGUACUUUUUUAGUAA